GUCGGCUAAUACCUGGCGUACUCUUUCAACAGUGCGAAACACUUAGGGUCUGACUGCAUUCGAGUUUAUGCCCCGCGCCUAGUCAGCUAUACGGACUCUUUCUACCUUCGCGGCUCACUACCAAUCGAGUCAACCUCGCAUACCCCUGUACACACCAUAUUCGAUCACACAUAUCAGAACAAAUCACAAUGCCCAAGGACAAGGAGCGCAGCAUGAACCCUGCCGCGGCGCAGCGGAAAUUGGACAAGCAGAAGAGCCUCAAGAAGGGCAAGGCCGAGGCGCUGGCGCGCCGAAACGAGAAACUAGCCCGUCGCAACCCGGAGCGCAUCCAGCGUCAGAUUGAUGAGAUCAAGGCCAUAGAGGAGUCGGGACAAAAGCUACGACCACGUGAUCAGCAGUUACUCGAAGCUCUACAGCGCGAUCAUCGCGCGGUGCUCAAGGCCCGAGAAGCGCUGGGCGACAAGGCUCCCAAGUUCGCGAGCUUCGGGUCUAGAAGCGGAGGGGACCGCGACGGGGAUGAUGGAGGGGUUCUAGGAAAGCGCAGGCGGGAUGGUGGUUUCGGUGGUGGUGGCGGCAGGCGUUUUGGACGACAUGAUCGGGAUGGCGAGAGUAGUGACGAGACAGAUGAGGAGGUGCGAAGGAUACCCAUGCCGAGGGAUACACCUCCACCUAUCCCGCGCCAGUUUCAGAGACGACCAGGUGGCGACCAGGCCGUGGGUGGUGGUGCUCGAGGACCACAUGCUCUUCCUGCUAAACCACCCGUCGUGGAAGCGAAGACGGUCUACGAGGCCAAGCCCGAGAUCCGAGACCUGCGCCAGGAGGCCAUCAACAAAUUUAUCCCCGCUGCCGUCAGGGCCAAGCGGGACGCUAUACGAGGGCAGGGUAAGCUCUUGGAGCCGGAGGAGAUGGAUCGGCUGGAGAGGGCAGGCUACAAGGCGGACUCGGGUCACGCUGGGCCAGAAAAGGCCACUCCACAGUCAGAAGCGGCAGACGAUGACGCCCAACGGCGAUUAUUAGAGGAGGAGGAAAGGCGUUUCAACCAGGAACUUCGAUCAGUCCAGAUCGAAGAAGUUGAAGAUGAAGAGGCAUAAAUGCUAAUGAAGCAAUCCUUAUUUCCACGACAAUUCUUCGCGGAGCGAAAAGAAUCGCAUGCAAAGGAGGGGAGGCCGACUGAGUCAGCGCCUUAUCUUCCUAGCUUAUCCGUAGCCCUCUCUCUCUAUCAAGAGUCCCCUACUCUCAUUGCCAGGCUUCACAGUCGAGAUUGAUGAGUAUGAGAA